AUGAACGUAUGGUUGCUUGGCAGAGGAGAGCUUCGACGCCGUCACGAUGACGUGCUCCAGCUGGAAAGAGCUUUCCUGACGGACCGCACUGGCCUGCACUUUGUGAACGCGCGAAGCUCCGAGGACCUUCUUGCUCUUGCGGAAUCCAGACGUGCGGAACAGCAGUGGCCAGUGCUUGACGCUGAAUGGAUAUCACCGGUGGGCACCGAUACCUGUGACGACCUGGUCUGGCAGAACCUUGAAAGCACGCUGGAUGGCCGACCGGAUACGUUCUAUUCGACGGCAGGCUUUGAGGCCGGCAACACGCUCAGUGGCACUGGUGAGCUUGCCCCAGGCGAGGCGUUCCUAGCGUAUCGCUUUUGGCGCCCAGUUCGAGUGUACGCGGUUCAGCUGCGUGCAUUCCAAGCGGACUUUCACCCUGGUCGGCCGGUCUAUCCGUUUCAGGUGGCACGAGUGGGUGUAGGCUGUAGUCUACAGGCCGGUAUGUCGCUGAGCUACGGUGCAGACGCGUCGGCGCCGGGCACCUCUUGCAACUAUCGGUGUUUCUGCACCACUGAACAACAGACCUUGGUUUUCGACGACCCGAUGGUGGGUGUCUACCUUGUCAUUUGCCUGAAAGGUUUUCCACAACAACAGCUAACUGAUCGUCUGCACUACGCUGCUGUGUCGGGGAUUCGAGUUUUCGGAGAACCUAUCUCAUCUCCAGCGCUGGAGAACGAGCUUUCGUGCCUUAUAUCCAGAGGAUUCAUACUAGAUGGUCGAGAUGCAGCUAGGUGGCUGGAUCUACGCAGCGCGCAAGAGCACGCGGCACCGAUGCAUAUUCCAGAAGACGAAGUCAUUUGA